AACAGACAACAUGGCGGCGGCGGCGGCGGCGGCACCGGGGGCCUUGGGCACUUUGCAGGCCGGCCGCGCCCGCUUGGUGGCCGCUUGCUGUGCGCGGCUCGGCCCCGGGUGGAGGCUGCCCGGCCCCUGGACGGGCCCGCGGGCCGGCCCGGCGACCUGGGCGCGGGGCUGGACGCCCGCCAUCGGGGGACCGGCCUCGCGGAGGGGCUUCGGCUCCGAGGUGAAGACGGAGGACGAGCUGCGGGUGCGGCACCUGGAGGAGGAGAACCGAGGAAUUGUGGUGCUUGGAAUAAACAGAGCCUCUGCCAAAAAUUCAUUGAGUAAAAAUCUUAUAAAAAUGCUCUCAAAGGCUGUGGAUGCUUUAAAAUCUGAUAAGAAAGUACGGACCAUAAUAGUCAGAAGUGAAGUCCCAGGGAUAUUCUGUGCUGGUGCUGAUCUUAAGGAAAGAGUCAAAAUGAAUCCCAGUGAAGUUGGCCCUUUUGUCUCCAAAAUAAGAGCAGUGAUUAAUGAAAUCGCUAACCUUCCAGUGCCAACCAUCGCGGCCAUAGACGGACUCGCCUUAGGUGGCGGUCUUGAACUGGCUUUAGCGUGUGAUAUAAGAGUAGCAGCUUCCUCUGCAAAAAUGGGCCUGGUUGAAACAAAGAUGGCAAUUAUUCCUGGUGGAGUCUUGAAGAGUACGUUCACGGGGCGCAGCCUUCCAGGCUGGCAUUUGUCUUCUUUCAGCGCUGUGAGGAUGUCCCGCUCUGUUCUGGCUCCUUCCGUGCCAGGGGGGACGCAGCGACUGCCACGUGCCAUUGGGAUGUCCUUGGCCAAAGAGCUCAUCUUCUCUGCCCGUGUGCUCGAUGGCCAGGAAGCCAAAGCAGUGGGCUUGAUCAGCCACGUUCUGGAACAGAACCAGGAGGGGGACGCUGCCUACAGAAAGGCCUUGGACCUGGCAAGGGAGUUUUUACCUCAGGGCCCUGUUGCAAUGAGAGUGGCAAAGUUAGCAAUUAAUCAAGGGAUGGAGGUCGACCUGGUCACGGGAUUAGCCAUCGAAGAAGCGUGCUACGCUCAGACUAUUCCAACAAAAGACAGACUUGAAGGCCUUCUUGCUUUUAAAGAGAAGAGGACCCCUCGCUAUAAAGGAGAAUAGGAGAAACAGAAAUGGUUAAAAUGCCAGUGUCAUAAAGGUACUUCUGGAAGCAUCUCUCAGACCCAGAUGUGCCUCGGUACCUGGAAUCCCAAUGGCCAAAGUGAAGAGCGAGUUACUCGUAUACUGAGCUGAGUGUCUGGAGUGACCCCUGUGUGUCCUUUGUCCCACUGUGCAUCAUCGCGUCCAUUCAGGUUUAUAGAGCUGGUGACGAACACUGUCAAAACAUCGACUCAGAAUUAGGUACACAUUUCUAAAUACCUCCUGCAUAUGAGGCUUUCUGUUCUUAAUUUUUUUAGUGUGAAUAAUUUAUAUAUAUUGCACACUCUAGGAAAUAAUGAUUGUAUGUCUCCCGUGCUACUGUAUGAAAAUAAAAUUAUUUCUAUAUACCAAAAAUGUGAAGUUAUACCAAAUAAAGUUUCUAGAGGAUCAUGCGCACAUGCAGCCGCACACACACGUCUCAUCCUGAAAGAGGAGCCGACAGGCAGAAUUCUGAGUGAAAAUGACCAAAUAUAAAUAAAAUCAGUGGAAAGAAAA